AUGGAGAUCGUGACUUUCAUUUUGGAGGUUGUAGACAAGCUGUGGGAGCCGGUUGGUAAUCAGAUAGGCUAUCUGGUCCACUAUAAGAAGAAUGUGGAGAAUCUCAAUGCUGAAGUAGAAACACUAGAGGCCUUAAGGAAAGAUAACCGAGAAUCUGUGCGGGCAGCUGAAGUGAAUGGUGAGGAAAUCAAAGCUGACGUUCGUACAUGGCUAGAAAGGGCUGAUGCAGCUAUAGACGAGGUAGAGAGAGUGAACGAUGAUUUUAAAUUGAACAAGAGAUGCUUGUGGGGGUGUUUUCCUGGUUGGAUAUCACGGUACAGGCUAAGCAAGAGAGCAGUGAAAGAUAAGGUCACCAUUGGUGAGCUUCAAGAUCAAGGAAAAUUUGAAAGGGUCUCUCUCCAAGUUAGGAAGCCCUUGGAGAUUGAGUCCGUGAUCUCCACCGGAGAUUUUGAGGCCUUCGAAUCAACGCAACAGGCAAUGAAUGAGGUCAUGCGGGCGCUAAGGGACGAUAAAGUUAAUAUCAUCGGAGUCUAUGGAAUGGCGGGUGUGGGCAAAACAACCAUGGUGGAACAAGUAAGCGUGCAGGCCCGUAGAGAUGGACUGUUUGAUCACGUGGUCAAGGCUGUUGUUUCGCAAAACAUCAACCUGAAGAUGAUUCAAGGCCAAAUUGCAGAUAUGUUGGCAGUGAAGCUAGAGGAUGAGAGUGAGGCUGGAAGGGCAGGCCAUUUGAGGGAAAGGAUAAUGAAAGGGAGGAGGAUCCUCAUUAUUUUGGAUGAUCUCUGGGGAAGAAUAGAACUAACAAAAAUAGGAGUUCCUAGUGGCAGGGACCUUGAAGCUUGCAAAUCGAAAAUCAUACUGACCACAAGGCUGGAGACUGUGUGCCAUGCCAUGGAAAGCCAAGCAAAAGUCCCUCUUCAUACCCUCUCUGACCAGGAUUCUUGGACGUUGUUUAAGAAGAAAGCAGGAAAUGUGGUGGAUUGGCCGGAUUUCCAUGAUGUAGCAUGGAAGGUUGUAAAAAAAUGUGGGGGUCUCCCAAGUGCUCUCGUAGUAGUUGCAAGAGCACUGGGGGACAAGGACCUGGAAGAAUGGAAAGAAGCUGCUCGACAACUAGAAAUGUCCAAUCCUACAAAAGAUGAUAUGAUCGCAAGAUUUUUAGGUAUAUAA